CAGAUAACUUCUAAGAUGUUUAUGGAUGGACAGAGACUACACUCACUUCAUGGCGGCGUUUCUGACAGGGAAGAGAAAAAGGAAUUGUGGAUUAUUUUAUCCAAUCAAAUAGACGAUUGUUGCCUGGCGGUGAUACAAGCGGGAACUAUAGCGGCGUCUGACGAAGAUCACAUCGCUGAUCCAUUGUUCCAGAUGUCAAAUUACGAAGGUCCAGGUUUAUUAGACCUUUCCAGUCAGAGCCUCCACAAACUGGAUCCGAAGUUUUUCAGUCACGGGGAGUCACACACUCUUAUUCUGGACCAAAACAACAUUAUUAAGCUGGAGCACCUAGAGUGUAAUCAAGUUCUUAAGCAGCUGUCUGUGGCAAGCAACCGUCUGGUACGCAUGAUGGGUGUUUCAAAGCUGAUUCAUUUACAAACUCUGAAUCUCCCAAACAACAGUAUCGGCUAUAUUGAGGGACUGAAGGACAUGGUUAAUCUGAAAUGGCUCAAUCUAGCUGGAAAUAACAUAAAGGUCAUUGGGCAGCUCAACAAUUGUGUUUCCCUUCAACAUCUUGAUAUGUCAGAUAAUAAUAUUGCUCACAUAGGAGACCUCACAAAGCUCUCAGCAUUAAAGACUCUUCUUCUUCAUGGAAACAUCAUCACGACUCUACGUACUGUUCCUGCCCACCUGCCAGCAAACGUAACUGUCCUGUCGCUAGCAGAGAAUGAGAUCAGAGACCUGGCUGAGGUGUCAUAUUUAGCUCCACAGCACAGUCUAGAGCAUCUGUCCAUCAUGAGUAACCCAUGUGUCAUGGCCACACCGUCUCUGCCUGGCUGUGAUUAUCGCCCGUAUGUGGUGAGCUGGUGUCUCAGUUUGAAGGUGUUGGAUGGAUUUGUGGUUUCACAGAAAUAGGGGCUAAAAGGAGAAUGGCUCUACAGUCAAGGUAAAGGCCGUAUGUUUUGCCCCGGACAGCACACACAGCUGGUCCAAUAUUUGGCAUCCACGUGUCCCCUGACAGCCACAACUGCCUUGGAGUCAGCAGAGGAUGCUAAAUAUGAUAGAAUCCUCAACAAACAAAGACAGCAUCAAAAACAGCUGCAGCAAACCCGUCACUGCUGCUCGUGUCCAUCCAGCCCCACACAUCUAGAUGUACGGCGCAUCCUUAAGAACAUAGAAGGGGAUGUCAUCACUCAGGCAGAUAUGGAUCCAGGAAUUCAGGUAAACACGUGGACGGGCUCUGUGUCUCCACCCAUGGUUGCUGCUGCCAGGCUUCCACCUGCUACUGAAGACAUGCUACUGACAGCGGUGAAGAAGAGUCUGAUGAUUCUCUGGCUCCUCCCACAUCCACUCAGUACCACCCAUCCAAGGAAGAGUCAGUAGAUAGAGCUGUCAUCACUCUGACAUAUGGAUCAGAUAAUGUUGACAGAAUUGACAGAAUAAUUGACAGAACUGCCUGCUCCGACAUUAACAGGCAGCAGCAUGCAUUAAAUGCUGAUGCUGUGUUACACAACAGUACUGUAGAGGAUUCCAAUUGGACUGGGAUACAGAAAGCUGCUGUGCUGCAGUGUGAAAUAAAACGAUGUGAACCACAUGAUGCAACUGUAAGGAUUCAGUCUUGGUGGAGGGGACACAGGACACGGUACUGUCACCCACAAGCCAAAGAAGUGCGAGCUGAGAUCCGCUUGCGUAGGAUGCAGGAUCACAUUGUUCACUUGACCGUAGAACUGGUGAAACAAUUCACUGUUCAAUACCUCAUGUUUGCCCAUCAUGUUAUAAGGUGUAAAGGAAGGAAAGGGAUUCAGUUUUAUCUUAAUGGUCCUGAAUCAUUCUGGUACAUUUGUUAAACACUGUUUUCUGAUUAGUUCAAACAAUAAAACAACUUCAGCAAUAACGUAAGCUUAAACUGUGUGAAUCAUUUUGCUGUAACUAUUAUGUAUUGCAGAGUGCGCAAGCAACAAGAAGAAGAUCAACUACAGAGACGUGUGCAAGAAGAAGCUGUGAAGUUCCUGUGGAAGCAGCUCCAGGUCAUGCUGGAGUGGCAGUCGUCUAUUAACGAGCAGCUCAAUGUGGCAAAGAGUAUUGCAUUAGAUCCCAGCAUUCCUGCAGCAACUCCUAUCCAUACUGAAAUCUCCAUCCCUGAGUCUGGUUUUCAUUCCCCUGGAGAGCUACAGGCAGCACUGGACAACAGCCUGAGCAGCACAGCCACGACUGGAUCUCCAGAAACAGUGUGCUCUAUUGGGCCUCUGAUGGCAGCCAUUGGGGACAGUCAUUCUGGCAGUCUGUUAGAGCAGUAUCUCUCAUCUAUUCAAGGACAGGACAUGGAGGAGGAAGAGGAUAAAGGACCGGGUGACAGAACAUGAACACUUCAAGAGCCAUCUGAUUUCUCUCCUCAUGGUAAAGACAAGCCAUUGUCCUGCCCUUUUCCGACAGGCUAAAAGGUAGCAGAGAAGGUCUCAUUGCCUGCUCUAUCAGACUGAUGUGUCCCAACCUUUCUUGAAGAUCGUAUUCUAACUUUUUUCACUGAACUUCAGUAGACACAUAGACACACCUUUUAUCUUCAUAUUACACAUAAUGUAUGUUCUCAGCAGUCAGACACCUAUUGAACAAGAUAUGAUUAAUUCAGUUUUUUUUUAAAUGACUUGCGGCUGAUGCCGCUUUUCUUUCUAACCAUGAAGUACAGAAUACAUUUACACUGUUGGGAAAUCAGUAUACAGCUUUCUGUUAGAGUCGUUGAAGUAUUUACAUAUUUACAUACCCGGAGUGCCAAGGUCUUUCAGUGCACUUACCAGUUGACUUGUUUCCUUUUAAAUGUACAACCUGGACACCACAACCAGAAGUAGCCUUGAACUGUAGAGAAGUAUGCAGGUAUGUGAAAUAAAUGUGAAUUGACAUGAUAGUCUGCUCCAGUUUCAACCAUUUGAAAGCUGAAUAGCCUUUAUUGUAAAUUUUUAUAUGUGUAUAUCUGGAUAUUUACAGUAUGUGCUGCAACAAGUGGUCAGUGUGGCAUAAGUGUUUUAUAUAUAUAUAUAUAUAUAUAUAUAUAUAUAUAUGUGUGUGUGUGUGUGUGUGUGUGUGUGUGUGUGUGUGUGUGUGUGUUAUAUAUUUAAAAAAUCUUUUUUGCAAAUAAAGUUUUACUUUGAC